GCAGCAUUUGUUUGGUUAGGAGAGAUAAAGUUGCAUAAUGUGCAUGAAGAGAGAGGGCAGACCGUCUAUUAGUUAUUCAUGAAGUUUGAAAGACCAGCGGCGAGUGGCUUAUCAAUCAAUCUCUCUCACUGUUUGUGUCAGUCGCGCGCCAGUCUGCCUGUUGCUGCUGCUGCCGGCUGUGGCUCUGCAUCCACACCCACGUUUAGAAGACACUGCGGGUUCACGCACUCCUCCACUGAGCUGUUUUGGUUUAUCCACAAUGGUCAGCGGACGCAAAGAAGGAGGAUGAUGGGGUUUUUUCUCUUCUUUUUUAGUUUUUUUGCACUGUUUAACUCGCGCGUAAUGGAAACUGUGCGUAAAUCCUCUCCCGUUCAAGUUUGGCACCUCAUUCAUUCUUAAAAAAACCUCAGUGAAUCCACAGCAAGCUUCACCACUCCAGGAGAAGAAGAGGAGAGGAUGGGAGCCCCGAGUAACGGAUCCAACAUAACGUCCAACUAUACGAACCAGUUUGUGCAGCCCCCGUGGCGCGUCGCGCUCUGGUCGGUCGCCUACAGCUUGGUCCUGGCGGUGGCCGUUUUUGGGAAUGUCAUCGUCAUAUGGAUCAUCCUCGCGCACAAGCGCAUGCGAACGGUGACGAAUUACUUUUUGCUCAACUUGGCGUUUUCGGACGCGUCCAUGGCCGCGUUCAACACUCUGAUCAACUUCAUCUACGCUGCGCACGGGGAGUGGUACUUUGGAGAGGCUUACUGCAAAUUCCACAACUUCUUCCCGGUCACAUCUGUGUUUGCAAGCAUCUACUCGAUGACUGCAAUAGCAGUGGACAGAUACAUGGCCAUCAUUCACCCUCUGAAGCCUCGCCUGUCAGCAAAGGCCACCACAGGGAUCAUUGUGUGCAUAUGGAGCCUCGCUAUAGUUCUGGCUUUCCCACUUUGCUACUUUUCUACCACCCAAGUCCGUCCCCGAAGGACCAUCUGUUACGUGGCCUGGCCCCGCAUGGCAGACGACUCCUUUAUGUAUCAUAUCAUAGUUGCGGUUCUGAUCUACGUGCUGCCUUUAGUAGUGAUGGGCAUCACCUACACCAUUGUGGGGUUGACGCUGUGGGGAGGUGAGAUUCCUGGUGACACCUCUGAUAACUAUCACGGUCAGCUCCAGGCUAAAAGAAAGGUUGUGAAAAUGAUGAUCAUCGUGGUGGUGACCUUCGCCCUCUGCUGGCUGCCCUACCACGUCUACUUCAUUGUAACCGGCCUCAACAAGCGUCUGAGCAAGUGGAAGUACAUCCAGCAGGUUUACCUGUCGGUGAUGUGGCUGGCCAUGAGCUCCACCAUGUACAACCCCAUCAUCUACUGCUGCCUCAACAGCAGGUUUCGAGCAGGCUUCAAGAGGGCGUUUCGUUGGUGCCCCUUCAUCAAGGUGUCCAGCUACGAUGAGCUGGAACUCCGCUCCACCCGGCUUCACCCAACACGGCAGAGCAGUAUGUACACGCUGACAAGAAUGGAUACCACCAUGGUGGUGGUUUACGACCCAGCUGACGGCGACGGCGGCGCUGGAGGUGGCACUGGGCGGAAACACUCCUUGCCCCCUCGAAAGAGGAGCUACAUCACAUCUCGCCAAAAUGACACCACCAUUUCUAACAACAGCGGUGGGAAGACCCAGAAUGGAGUCGCACCGAGUGCUGAGCCUGAGGAGUUCUCUUGAAGAGCAUCUCAGCUCACAUAUACGCAGCAAAACAUGUUCAAUAUUUGCAUGCUAAUACAUUAAACAUAGUAACGGUGCACAGGUGACCAUGCACAGCAUCAUCAUAUGAAAGCAGAAAUGAUCAUCUCUCCAUAGAAAGAUCAUUCAAAACCUUCUCAUCCAAACACAGAACUAUGAUCUACAGCAGCAUAGUUGCAAAGAAAAUGAAACAGUUGGAGGUAAAUUUAGGGCGACGCUUAACAAGAAAAAUCUCAAAGGUCGUCAUUUGUAAUUAUGUAAGUAUGUGGGAUUCCACGUUUUGGUCUGUAAAAACAGUCAGACAUGUGAUGCGGAGGAUCGCCCCUGCGCCCUUUUUUUCCCUGUUGGCUGUGUGGACCAGCAGCUCAUCAAUGAAAGGGCUGCUGAUUGAACUUUGCUCGGCUUCAUGUGUCACAGUUUGACUGUCGGUUAUGUCAUUUAUAUGGAACAUGUUCUGGCUGCUCAAACAAGCCAGAGGGGAAAUCCAGUAUUGGUUUGCAGCAUGUCGAUGAGCGGGCUGCUGAAUGAGCUUACUGAGGGCAAACUCAAACAACAUGUUUAAGCAUAAAAAAAGUGACUCGGUCAAAUGCAUUGUUUGGUGAAAAGCCUUCAUUCAGUGAAUGAAUUAUCUGACACUGAUUUACUAUGAGGGUACUGACAGAGAAUAAGAUAUUUUGAUAGAUUUUACAUGCGAUUUCUUGGUUGGGAAAAGUCUGCACCGGUUUGUGUAAGUUGUGGACAGUUGUUGUGGAAAAGUGUGAGAAGUGAGGAGGAAAAUCUUUAAACAAAUGUAAGGAACAGACGUAGUCUUAUCUCAGUUGUAGUCAAUUUUAUCUAAUGAUUGAGUCAACUGGCUCCCAACCUGACUGCAUGUCAAAAGCCAAUAAAAAAGAGGAAAAAAAGCACUGGAAAUACUGCUAGAAGACAUAAAGCUGUAGUGAGAAUUUUAUAAUGACAAUGAAGGUCGUCAUAGAAAAUAUGGAGCAAAGUAAAUGUGCAGAAAAAGAUUGGAGAUCAAUUAAAUUAUUUUAAAAGCAUGGUAAGCUAAUAUACCCUUUAAACUAUAGCCCUCGUGAGUCCCAUGACAGCUUGAUGCAUCCUGAUACAAUCAGCGUUUUAGCCAUCACAUGAAAUCAGCUAAAAUGUAUCUGAUGUAGUAAAUUAAUAACGUCAAAGACUGUGACAGGUGUGUGGUGUGCCUGUCGCUGCUGUUGUAACUGCACCAGCAGUGUGCCGCUUGGAGCUAAAACACAGAUUUGGUUGAUAAACAGGAUUUCUGGCAAGACUCGUCUACAUUUUAAAGUAUCUAAAGGAGUUCUGUAUUUCUUGAUUUUGGAUAGAAUUAUGUUAAGAAAUGUAUCAUCCCUUUGACCACACUUUCCCUCUAGCUUACAGCCCCUCACACCCCCAAGCUACCAUUACGUGGUGCAACAAAAAUGGAGACAGAUAUAGGAGUUAUCCAGACGUACAGUUUUGAGCCAGCUUUGGUGAGGAAAACGAAGACACACGUGGAUCUAUUUGUCUGCAAGUGGAUUCAUCAGAUCAAAACAGAGCGGAGCAGUGUGGUUUAUCUGUCACGGCUACAAACUUUUUCCAACAGUAUUUUUUUCAUCUGCUCCUGAUUUACAAUGACUUGAAGAAAGAUAUACUCAGAAGCGCAAUUUUAAGCGUAAUUUUUUUUCCAUUGGAGUGGGUCUUCAAGUAAUCGCUAAGAGCGGCUUUUAGGAAAAUGUUCAUCCUUACUAUGGGAGAGUGACCUCAUUGACUUCCAUAUUACAUGCUAAGAGAUUCACAGGAGAUUAUUUAUUCAUAUAAAUAACUUAAAUUUGACAUUUCAAAAAAAAAAUCCUUUAAGCACAUAGUUUACUUUAAAAAGUAAAAAGAACAACAUACACAAAAAAUGCUUUAUUAAUUUAUUAAAAAACUGACAAAUGGCUGGUGAACAAAAAUCUUUGCUCCUUUUUUAAGUAACUUCUACUGAAAACUGCUGUUCUAGUGGCAUGUUGAUAAUCAAGAAUGAAACCUUUUUAUUGCAUGAAAUGUAAAGUUAUUUAUAUCCAUCAAUUAUAAUAAUUUGUUAAAAAAAACAGCACACACUCUAGGACUAAUAUUGAUUAAAUGAUAACUAACAGAGUUCCACACUUAAUUUGUAUAAUAGAUUUUUCAAAAAUAUGUUCAUUUAGUUGGAUGCAACCUUAAAAAACCUUAUAAUUCAUUUUUUAACAACAAAUUUGAAUGUUAGGAGACUCAAUGAAAGUAAUAAAUACAGAAUGUGAAUAAAGAACAUGAUGUGCAUUUCAAUGUUUUGCAGCUGAGCUGUCAUGCAGUUGUCACAUGGAAGCUGGUUGAAUAUUUGUAAGUGGCCACCUUCACAUUUUUCUGUAUAAAUUCAUUUGAAUGUGCAGUACAUUGUGUGCCUCUCUCUGUGAAGUGGUGACUCACUGUUUUAAAAGGAAAAAUAGUUGAUUUAAGCCUGAGUCUGAUCCAAUCCCAUAAUUGAAUUUAAAAACUUGCUUAAUGCUUUUGCUUAUUUUACUGUGCUGCAUUUUAACAGCCUUUGUUUGAAAAAAAAAAACCCUCAGGAUUAAAGUAACUAUUAUUCUUGAAAUAAGAAAAAAAAAUAAUAAUUUUUCUUAAUAGAUAUUUGCUGAAACUCCCUGAUAGUAAAAAUACAUAACUUAUUGAUUUUAUAUCAUAUUUCAUACGGUAAAAUCAAAGGUUCUGCAUUGCUCUGCAUCAGUAAGUAUUGAUGUAUCUGCCUAAUGUAGCUUUAUUGCAAAAGUUUACAUGUUUUAUGAUCUGUGUAGUUGUGACAUAGUGAAAUAUCAAUCUAACUAAUUUGAUUGAAGAAAAAAAUAAGCAAGAUACAACUGUGAUUGUGUUGAUGUUGUCAGUAAAUAUUGAUAAUUUACAACAUUCAGUUAUCUCUGUUUAUCUAUGAAAUUUAAGAUUCACCAUCAGAACCAUCAGAAUCUAGACUGACAUUGAAUCUAACUGCUGUAUCGCUGCUUGUAAUUCAAAUGUGCACGUGUGCUGUUUAUACUUAUUUGUGGUCAUUAGUUAAUAUCCCUCCCAAAACACAAUAAUUGAAUUUAUGACUAUUUUCUAAAUUCUACAUUUCAAAUAAUAAUGUAAAAAAUGUUGCACACUGCCUAGCAUUUAAUGCUGCUCUUUGUUGCACUGUUGCCUCCCUUGUUGAAGCUUUGUUUGAUCACUGCAAUACAGAACACGCCCAAUUUUAUUGUAUUUUUUGUAAAAGUCAUCAACAUGAAAAAUUACAAAAAGAUGUUGUGAAAUAUAACAUGAUUCUGACCAAUAUUAAAAUACUGAUAUGUCA